UUCAAAAUUGAGCCCAGGGACAGAACAGCGACAGGAUACACGAUCGCGUAACGGUAACAAGCCAUCAUCUUACGAAGCUGAGACUGAGAGCGAGAGAUUGAAAAAUGGCAUCCGAUCCCUCUUUGAUCGAGAUCUCCGGAGAGGACGAUUCGUUGCUACAGCAGAUUCCUACGGACGACGUCGCCAGGAACUUCUUCUCUUGCUCGCCUCUUCAAAUCCAUGGAUCCAAGCCCCGUGUCCCUCCUGUUGAUAGUGUCAACAAAGAGAAUGUAAAUUUGAACAAGUACGAUAGACUGAAACUCAGUCUAGAGCCACAGCAUAUGAAGAGGAAGAAGAAAGGUGGAGGCUACAAUUUGCGGAAAAGCUUAGCAUGGGACAGAGCCUUCUUUACUGAAGAAGGUUUCUUGGAUCCCGUAGAAUUAUCUAUGAUAAGCGCAAACAGUGGCAGUUCCACAGGGGAGAAGUUGCCCGCAAUCCACGAAGAAGGGGGUGAAUCAUUGUCUGAGUUUCCAAACUCCCAAAGCGAUUCAGGAGAUGUGCUUGCACUCAAGGAGAAAUUAUUCAAAGAAUUACCAGUAAACACUACAAAUGAGAGCAGAACAAAACCUAGUAGUUCACCACAUCAGCGAGAUGCAUUAACUAAAUGUGGCAGGGCCCUGGUUUCUUCGACCAAGCGGAAGGUGCUGUCAAACUAUGAUGUCAAUGGCAGCAGGUCCAAGCGCAAUGGCAGCUCACAAUCCACUGCCCUAUCUUCACUGAUAAAGCCUGUGAAUGUGAACUCAACAAAGGUGGCCAGCAAAGAAGUUAAUGCCUCUAAAAAGCCAGCUACCAAGCCAGGUUCCAGUUUGCGCACUCCGACAGCUAAGAUUGCUCUGCGAGUUGGUCAACCUAAGCAUAGUCAGCUUGCUCAAUCAGGGACUGCUGACAAAAAGAAUGCCGGACUGAAAAUCUCUUCAAGCAAUAAAAUCCAUUCUAAACCUAGUACUCCAGCUGGUCCUUCUAGCAAGCCUCCAACAACUAAAUCCAUUGUUCCCCAAUCUAAAAGAAAUUUGGGAAAAUCAGCUUCCAGGCUGACUUCAUUAACUCGAGGGAAUGAUAGUUCACAGGAGAUAGAAGGUCGAAAAAACCCUUCAGCACUAGAUAAUGACGCUAGAUCUAUCAAGGUAGAAGCCGCUCAUCCUGAAAAAGCUCGUCUUACUGGAGGGUCCAUUCAACAUGUGCAACUGAAGGCAGCAAAACCAUCUGGUUUGCGUAUGCCUUCACCAUCUCUGGGAUUCUUUGGUCAGCAGCGAAAAGCUUCUACCAAGGGACUAUUGAACAGUUAUACUCAACCAAGCUAUGACCCUCAGUCUGCUACAGGUAGUUCAAAGAGCCAUAGAGCAGUAAACCCUCUGAGUGAGCUGAAGCCCCCACACGUGCAUGAAAAAGUACAAAAGAUGAGAAUUGAUGACACAAACCCAAACAUGGGGUUGAGCACGGAAGUCUCUGCUAAAUCUCUCAACCUGGAAUAUCAAAAGCAAAAUGCAGAUCCAGAAUCUCAAAAUAUAUCGAAGAUGAAAGUGAAAAUACAACUUGACACUUUGGAAAACCAUCAAAAGAUUCAUGGAUUUCUCGAGGAUGGUAGUGAAGGACUUCAUAGGCAUAUGGAAAUGCACAAGAUUGAUAUAAAACCUCAAGCGGAAGACAGAAAUAUGUCAGUUGGUUAUGAUACACCAUUUUCACAUGUGGGACCUUGUGGGAAAGAGAAGGAGAGCAAUUAUAAGAAGAAUCAUAUGAUUGGUAGCCAAUGUGUCGAAGGACCAUCAAAAGUUUUAGCUGGGAAUGCCAUUGUUUUCUCCAAUUCCCCUUCUGCUGAUUCUAGUGUUGGCAGAAUCCAGAGUAGUUUUGGACUGCCAGAUCAUCGGCUACACUGUGCUGAAGGUGUCUCUGAAUUUUCAGAAAAAGUUAAACUAGUGGAAUCUCAUAUCUAUGAUAAUGAUCGAACUUCCAUCGUGAACCAAGAGAAUCAAGCUAGGCUUAUGGGGGUUAGAUCAUCUGAAGAAUUACAGCAAAAUUGUGAAGAGUGCACUGACAAUUCGAAUGAUCAAGAUGAUAACGGGAACAAAGAAGAAAGAUCUAGUGUGCUUCCCUUGAAACUUGCAGAGCAAGCAGACAAUGGCUUUUGCGGGCUGCAUGACAGCAGCACAAAAUCAUACAUUGAAAAUUCGGAGAACUUGGUUUUUUAUGGCAGUCUCACAGCUAGUCAUGGGGGUACUUCUCCGGCAGGCGACCAUGCUGCAGAGCAAGUUACUUGCGAAAACAAAGGAGCAAAGGAAAAUGAUGAGUUAUUGGUGGGUGCUAAAUGCACGAUGACUAUCGAUGAACAGCCGGAAGUUCAUGCUGUAGAGCAAGUUGCUUAUGCAAAGGAACGAGCAACUGAAAAUGAUGACAUAUUGCUAAUUGAUUUUCGCAUCAGAGGCGAACACCAGGAUAAUGCUCUGAUGAUUGAGUAUUCUCCCCCCAAUUGCCAGCAUGCUUGUGAAGUGCUAUUGAACAGCUCCACUGCUCUUAGCCCUGUACCUCCAUCAGAGAAUGUGGACAAAGCUAAAAGAGUCAUUCUAUAUGCGGAGGAAAAUCAAUCACCACAGCAAGAGAGUGAGCCCAUGGUUGAGAAUUCUGCCUCCUUUAGUGACCGACAGUCAACUGACAACAUGUACCUCCCUGGUCAAGUUGAUGCUUUUAAUCUUGGAUCUUCUUUGAUGGUGAACAGAGAUCCGAAAACAGUUGCAGCAACUGAUGAUACUUCUGCUUCCUUUGUUGGUCUUGGAAUUGAUCGUUGCAGCAGGGUCAAAGAGGAAGAUAGAUAUGUCUCAACCCCACUGGCAUCCGUGGUUGAAGAUGGAGAUGACAAUAUGCUAAUGGAGUUGGAGUGUGAUGAUGAGGAAGUCCUAUUGAACAGUUCCACUGCUCUUUGCCCUGAACCUCCAUCAGAGAAUGUUCACCAAUCUGACAAAGCUAAAAGAGUAGUUCUAUAUGCGGAGGAAAACAAAUCGGCGCAGCAAGAGAGCGAGCCAUUGGUUGAAAAUUCUGCCUCCUUUAGUGACCGACAGUCAACUGACAACAUGUACCUCCCUGGUCAAGUUGAUGCUUUAAAUACGGGAUCUUCUUUGAUGGUGAACAGAGAUCCAAAAACAGUUGCAGCAACUGAUGAUACUUCUGCUUCCUUUGUUGGUCUUGGAAUUGAUCGUUGCAGCGGGGUCAAAGAGGAAGAUAGAUAUGUCUCAACCCCACUGGUAUCCGUGGUUGAAGAUGGAGAUGACAAUAUGCUAAUGGAGUUGGAGUGUGAUGAUGAGGAAGUCCUAUUGAACAGCUCCACUGCUCUUUGCCCUGAACCUCCAUCAGAGAAUGUUCACCAAUCUGACAAAGCUAAAAGAGUAGUUCUAUAUGCGGAGGAAAACAAAUCGGCGCAGCAAGAGAGCGAGCCAUUGGUUGAAAAUUCUGCCUCCUUUAGUGACCGACAGUCAACUGACAACAUGUACCUCCCUGGUCAAGUUGAUGCUUUAAAUACGGGAUCUUCUUUGGUGGUGAACAGAGAUCCAAAAACAGUUGCAGCAACUGAUGAUACUCCUGCUUCCUUUGUUGGUCUAGGAAGUGAUCGUUGCAGCGGGGUCAAAGAGGAAGAUAGAUAUGUCUCAACCCCAUUGGUAUCCGUGGUUGAAGAUGGAGAUGACAAUAUGCUAAUGGAGUUGGAGUGUGAUGAUGUGGAAGUCCUAUUGAACAACUCCACUGCUCUUAGCCCUGAACCUCCAUCAGAGAAUGUUCACCAAUCUGACAAAGCUAAAAAAGUGGUUCUAUAUGCGGAGGAAAAUCAAUCAGCACAGCAAGAGAGUGAACCAAUGGUUGAAAAUUCUGCCUCCUUUAGUGACCGACGUUCAACUGACAACAUGUACCUCCCUGGUCAAGUUGAUGCUUUUAAUCCGGGAUCUUCUUUGAUGGUGAACAGAGAUCCAAAAACGGUUGCUGCAACUGAUGAUACUUCUGCUUCUUUUGUUGGUCUAGGAAGUGAUCGUUACAGCGGGGUCAAAGAGGAAUAUAGAUAUGUCUCAACCGCACUAGUAUCAGUGGUUCAAGAUGGAGAUGACAAUAUGCUAAUGGAGUUGAAGGAGUGCGGUGAUGUGGAAGAAAGACAAAUACUUCAGUCAGAGAAGAAUGCUUCUGUCAGUUUAGUGACAGGUAGGCUACUUCCUGAUUCACUGACAGGAACAGAGCUAUUGUCAAGGGAAGUGGACAACUCAUCUCAUGAGGAUAGACAUAGUGGGUCCUUUGGACAGCACCAGAAAUUAAAGGACUGUUACCUGCCUAAUGUCUCAGUACAUGUUGAAGAUCCAUCUUGGCAAGAUGACGUAGAUCAAACAAAUGAAGAAUUGCGCAGUUUUGAUAAUGCUAUGAAGAAUUCUUCUGCUGUGGUUGGACAACAGCAGCUGUUGGAUGGCAGUUCAUUUAUCGACUGCUCGCUAAAGAUGAACGGGUUGGCUGGGGACGACAACUUCUCCAUGGCUUCUCAUCGAAAUGAGCAAUCUUGUUAUCAGCCUGAGCUUCACGAUCCCUGCUUCACAGCGGAAUUUGAUUCACACACUCAUCGAGGAUUGUCUUCAAAUGAUGAGAUAUCCACUGUGGACAACUAUCUUAAAGAACCAAAGAGCUAUUUUGCCAGUAGUUGUAGUCUGUGUCAAGAUGAUGUCUGUGGCAGCAAACAUCCAAAGGCUGAUAUUUGUUCCCAAGUAGAACCUGUUCUGCAAGAUAAUUCUGGCAAUAUAGGAACAAUUUACGAAGACCCUAAUGCAGAGGAUGUGUUGUCAGUUUCUGUGCAAAAAUAUCAGUCAAAUAUUUACAAUGCAUCGCUGGAAGAUAAUGCUGCUGUGGAUAUGAACAUAGAGGAAUUUCCUGAGGCUGGAGUUAAUGUCAUGGUUUCAUCUUGCCGGUCAAGUGACAAAGUGGUUUUGGAUGUCAAAAAUGAUGAAGCAGAACUGCCUAUAAACAACCAAUGCACUGAAGAAGCUAGUCAGUUGAAAAGUAGCAUUUUGCCUGAAAAGGUUGACUCUAGUGUUCCCGGGGAAAGUUUUAGUUAUGACGUCCAGAGGCUGCAUGAAUUUGGUAGUACCUUGAAUUCCUGCAAGGAUACGACCACAUUAGUCCAAGGGGAAAUUUGCAAGAAUGAUGGGAAACAAGAAUCUGCCAUGGUGAAACCUCCACCAGAUGCUCCUCCAUUCUCUGAGGAAUGGUUAGCGGCAUUUGAAGCUGCCGGGGAGGAAAUUCUUACAAUGAAAUGCGGUGCCGUCCAAAAUUCCCCUCCUGACAAGACUCUGCCUGAACCCAGUCCAUGGUCGCCGGUGAAGCGAAAAAAUAAUCAGGCAAUUGGACCAUAUGACUGUACAAAGUUCACUAAUGUCUGCAACAACAUUCCUGAAUGCAGCUCCGAAUAGCCGACCCAUGAGUCAUCUAAUCAUUCUUUUGUCUCUAACCAUUGCCAUCCCCUACCACGUGAGGGAAGGAAAAUAGCCCAUUCAUCUACUGAUUAGUGCAUUUUCUGUCUUCUUGUUCAUCUCUACCUGUAAUGAGGAACAAUCUGCUUGGAGUUCAUGUACUCGUGUUCUGAAUCAGAAAUGGCUCUGCUUCUUGCCGCCAGGAGGAAAAUACUAGGCUAUGUCGUUUCAGUUUUCAUUUGACCAAAUCACAACCUAUGAAACAUUCUCUCCA